AUAACAUGCAUGCUAAACAAAGUCCUCAGCUAUUUCACGAAUCACAUCAGAAAAUUAUUUCUAUCAUUGAUGUUGUACCAACGCAAAAGGUUUCAUGGGUUAAGGCAUAGAUUUCUUUCAAACACAUUGUUCAAAAAUACUAUUACAUGGGUUGCAUAAAAUGCCACCGCAUGACUGCUGCAAACUUUGGAACUACGUUUACUUGCAAUCACUGUAAUGAGAAACAACAGGCUUCUCCCAGGUGUCGCUUUGAUGUAGACCUCACUGACCACACUGAUACACUCACUGCAUCUGUGUUUGGUGACUUAGCUGAAACUUUGCUCACAUUUACUGCACUUGAAGCAAUGAAUUAUCACGAAGAGAAUGCAGAAUUGCCGCUAGAAAAAGUCCAUCAGGAACUACAAUCAAAGAUGUUCACAAUACAGCUAAAGCCAGCAGCUACCAGGGAUGGAGGAGGUCAUCAGCGUUAUACAAUUGUCUAUUGUUUUGAGGAUGCAAGCUCUGAAGAAUCUGCUAACAAGUCUGCAAAUCCUAAUGUCCAGACUUGUUUUGAGGAAGUUGGCAAUACUGUCCCAGCAAGUGUAGCACCAGAAAACCAAGUUUCUUCAUCAAAGGUGCGAAUUCGUCUUGAUACAAAGUUUGAUCAAUCUGAAGAUGCAAACGACAAUACAUCCAAAGACGAGAAGGCAUCCAUCAGCAAAAAGGCAAAGAAAAAUUGAUUGCCUUUCCGUUCCUUAGUUUUCUGGCUAUGAAUUCAGAUGUCUAUGUCUUUUGCUAAUGCUUAAAGCAUUCAUUUUGCUGCAGCUUUUGAAACUAUAUAUCGAACUUAUAACCUACCUUUUUGAAGUCUUAGCUUUAUCAACCAUCUGAACAGAUGUCUGACACGUAUUGCUAUCCCUUAUUAGUCAUUACAUUAUCUGCUGCAAUUCUAUAUAUAUUAAUUGUCUGACUUUUGUCAA